AUGGCAAACCAAGCCAUCGAAGUGGAGGACCGCCCUGUCCAGAACACGGCCGAUAUCGCCAGCCCCAACGACGAACAACAAGAAGAGUUGGCAAGCAACGACAUCGCAUUGUUCAUCGUCAAAUGGCGCGGGGACAACUGGGCCCUGGGCCUGCAGCAGCGCGGGGCAGGCGCCUUGCUCCGCCCCUCCGGCGGGCGGGGCUUCACGCAGCGGUUCUUCCGCACAGGGCUGGAGCGCAACCUCGAGGCGGAGCUGGUGCUCGUCGACCGACUGCCCGAAAGCCGGCUGACCAUUCUCGUGGCCCACAUCCGACAGGUCCUGCUGAACCCAACUCUCAUGCAGCGGAACAGCGUCAUCCGCGUUCUGGCGGUAAUCGGCCGGCUGAAUCUGAUGGGGAUCGUCACGGGCCGCAUCUACGAGACCAUCGCGCGGGAGUACAUGCUGCCGGACGACUUCGAGGAGAAAGACUCUGUGCCACUCUCAGUCGAGCCCGAGGAGCUCCCGGCGCUGCCGCUGGCGGUCGCGAGCAUGUUUGACGAGGAGGAGAAUUUAUGUUUUGCGUGA